UUAAUCCACAAAAUUACAACCUGGCAAAUUAUAUCCACGAACGGCGAGCAGUUUCACAAAUCAAAUGGAACUUUCUAUGUUAAAUAAUAGCCAUCUAUUCGUAGAGAACUUUAAUUGUACAUAACGGAGUUAGAGUAGGCUUUUCGGAGGAUUCAUUCGCCACAAAUCGGAGCAUUUUGAAGUUUAAACCAAUGCAUUGAUUUGAAUCACAUCAGAAGAACACCACUUUGUUCAGUAAGGACCUCAUCCAUCACGCCUACUGGCGUUGUAAAACAACGUAGGACUACAUUGGAAACGGUACAGAUGUCCAGCGGAAGAUGGAAGCAAGGGAACAGAUAGAUAUGGAGGUAAUGGCUCCUCUUAUUGAGGAAACAGGCCAGUGUUCCGAAGAAAUUUCAGAUGAGGAUCAUGAUCCUGAAUUAGUUCCAGUACAGAGGCAUUAUGAGCUUGAUAAUCACCAGGGCAUUACGUUUUCACAGACUCUUAUUCAUCUAUUGAAGGGGAACAUUGGAACUGGCUUGCUAGGCCUUCCGCUUGCAUUAAAAAAUGCUGGGAUUGUGGUGGGACCAAUAAGCCUAAUAUUUAUGGGUGUGGUAGCAGUCCAUUGUAUGCACAUUCUGGUCAGAUGCAGCCACUACCUUUGUGAGAGAUUGAAAAGACACCAUUUAGGCUACAGUGACACUGUAGCUCUUGCAUUGGAACAUUCUUCUCUGAAGUGUUUUAGAAAUGCUUCCAAUUUUGGAAGGCACUUAGUUAGCUUUUUUCUUGUGUUGACACAACUGGGGUUCUGCAGUGUGUACUUUGUUUUUCUGGCAGAGAAUAUCAAACAGGUUGUUGAAGGCUACUGUAAGAACGUUACAGAGAUUCCUCCAUCUUUUGGCAAUGAAACUGCUCCUGCACAACAGGAGUGCUGGGGGCUGGACCUUCGUGUCUACAUGGUGUGCUUUCUGCCAUUCUUUAUCCUCCUUGUGUUCAUCCGUGACCUGAAGAACAUGGCUAUCCUCUCAUUUCUGGCCAACUUGUGCAUGGCAGUCAGCCUGGUCAUCAUAUUCCAAUACAUUCUGAGGGAUGUUGGGGAUCCUCGCAGACUUCCUUAUGUAUCCAGUUGGAAAAAAUAUCCCUUUUUCUUUGGAACAGCAAUAUUUGCUUUCGAAGGAAUAGGAGUGGUGCUUCCAUUGGAGAACAAAAUGAAAGACACCAAGCACUUCCCACAGGCACUGAACAUAGGGAUGGGAAUUGUUACAUUUCUCUACAUAUCCCUAGCCACGUUUGGAUACCUCCAUUUUGGUGAUGAUAUUAAAGGAAGUAUAACACUCAACUUACCUCACAAUGCAUGGACCAACCAGUUGGUGAAAGUUCUCUACUCCUUUGGGGUUUUUGUGACCUACUCAAUCCAAUUUUUUGUACCGGCGGAGAUAAUCCUCCCUGCGUUCAGGUCGCAGGUGAGAGAGAAGUGGAGAGGGCCAUGCGAGUUUGCAGUACGAGCUCUACUUGUCUGUCUGACCUGCGCUACGGCAGCCCUCAUUCCUCGCCUUGAUCUGGUCAUCUCAUUUGUGGGAGCUGUCAGCAGCAGUGCCCUGGCUCUCAUUUUCCCUCCACUGGUGGAACUCAUUACAUUCUGCAACAAGAAGUUCAGCCUCUGGAUGGUCGUGAAGGAUAUUUUCAUUGCUGUAAUAGGAUUUGUUGGCUUUUUAGCUGGGACCUAUGUGACGGUGGAAGAGAUUAUAUAUCCCCAGGCAGACUUUUUAGUUCCCGAUACUGGAAAAACUGCUGUACUUUUAAAUGCUACAGACUUUGUAAGAGGGGCUGUGAAUAUUUCAAACCCAUUCACCUCUGAGUAAUGUCUUAAAAAGCUCUGUGGGUACCCAAAGUUCUCCAUGACGAUUCAGCAUAACGUAGACAUUGAGCCUCCAAAAUGGGCUCUCUUUUGAUAAUGAGCAGAAUUCCCGUUAUGUCAGAUUUGAUUUGUAAAUGCAUUCCUUUGCCCCAUCAUCAUUCCAACACUGUUUCAGUUUCCAGUAUUGAUAUGAAACACUUGUCCAGUGUAUUGUUUAAAAAAUAUAAAACUGUAACACCUUAGGAAGAAACAGCCUCAUUGCUGCAAGGAUCACAAAAAUGGCUCCUUUUAGCAUUUUCUGAUUAAUGAGGUUUAUAUAUUAUGAAAUGGUUUUAUUCCUUUCUGGCCCUAUCAGUUACAGUAUUUCAAAAUAGUAAUGGUUUCCAUUAAGGUGUCUGCCCUGUUUUUUACUUUGUCCAAGUCUUUUUGAAUUUCAUUUCCACUUCUUACAGUGUAUCCUAAUGCUUUUGAUAUCAUCCAUCAAAUGCAAACCUGGCUAUUUUACUAGCUAUAUCAGAAUCUAGAUACAGUAGUUGAUAUGAAUUAGGAGCAGCUGUUCUAAUUCUGAUUCCUGUUGUACUUCAAUAAUUGCACAAUCUAAAUUUGAGCAUUAAACCUUUAGCUAUACCCUCAAGUUCUCAAUUCAAAAUCAUGCCUUACUUGAAUACCCACUGCCAGUAAUUUAAGCCGUCAUCUUAGUGACCUUUAUUUACUUGAUUAUUGAAGGUAAUUAAUUUCUGCUUUACAUGAACAAUUUUCCAGUCAAUAUGUAUUACUUAUUGUAUAUAAAGUGACUAUUGGAAGGCUUUUGUAAAUGUCUGUGAAGAAUUCCAUUACUACAGUACAUUCCAUUAGUACAAUCUACUCUCAGGCCCUAGAGAUACAGUAUGUAUUCUAAUACUAAGAUACAGUAUUCUAAUACUAAGGGCAUUUCUGCAUCUUUCUUAUAUUUAGAAGCCUCAAACAUAUCAGUACCCCUCUUUGUAAAAAUUUGAGUUAAAAUUUCAGUUCAAACAUUGGCCAUUCCCCUGUCAUCAUGUAAGUUUCAGAGACGUUUACUGUACUGUUGUACUUUUUAUUAUUUUCUUCAACCUUUGUUAUAAUAUUCCUUCCUGCCUCUUUUGGCUUUCCUAAUGUCAUUUGGUUUACCUAUGCUUCCAGUUCAUUUAAGUGGAUGUUGUCCUUUUAAAAUUUUUGUAAACUUUUUUUUCAUAUACGUUUCGUGUUAUUAAACCAUUUGGGGAGCCAUCCAUUUACUGCUAAUUUCAAAUGAACAGCACCUUACUCCAUUCUAUCUCAUUUUCUCAUGUCAGUGUUUAUUAAUUUAGAAACAUUAGUUUCAAACUCCAACUGUAGCUCAAAGCAUGUCAUAAUCGCAGUUCCGGAUAGUUCAUUCAGUUCUGUUUUCCAUCAUUCUGCGAUGAUUUUCUGAAAACACUAGAUCAAUACAAUCACUUCCUGUGUGGUACUCUGAUCUGGAUAUAUAUUAAUGAGUCCAGAAAAAGCCUGAACAUGGCUUGUUUACUAAUAUGUAAAGACUAGAGACAAUGUAUUUAUGUAUGUUAAUUUGGAACCAAAUAGUUUUCCAAGUGGUAGGACUUGUAUGCAUUAAUGGAUGGAUAAGUAUGCAUUAUAAUCAGAUUAAUUUAGAAUGAACAGUUGUUAGAUCUUACAUCUGCCUCUUUUCCCAGAGGUACUUUACUGGGAGAAGAACAGAACAAACUUUAUUAUACUAGGAAGCUCCAUCUACCCUGAUCUACAGCAGGGAUGAAGUGAGUGGGCUCUUACAGUAUAUUCACUUAAUCUCAUCCCUGUACUCCUCUUGUGGUAAAGAUGCAGCACUGAGAUCAAGGGUGUGGAAGCACUUUUUCUACAUUAUAUAUGAUAGAUAAGGAAGCCUUUCUCUUCAGAACACAUCAAGUUGAAAUAUUAUUGGGUCCUAACAAAUUCAAUUUCAAGACCUGUGUCUCAUGUACUGAAUUGUUUCAGAAAAGAGAUUAGUCUUUGUCCAUCUGAUUCAGUUCAUUAAAUUCACUACUCAGUUCAUUAGAGA